CAAUGUGACGUCACCAGUGUAAUUUGAGUCCGGGAGCUUUGUUCACACUUUAAAUAGCAGUCCAGGGAUGAUGUUAAGACAGACUCCCUGGAAGGGCCGAGCUGAGCUAGGGGAAGACUUACAUCCAUGAAAGCGAAGCGAAGCCACCAAGCCACCAGCAUGUCCUCGUCUCUUCGAGUAAGCCCGUCCAUCCACGGCUACCACUUUGACACGGCCUCCCGCAAGAAGGCUGUGGGCAACAUCUUUGAAAACGUAGACCAGCAGUCCCUGCAGAGGCUCUUCAGGAACUCGGGAGACAAGAAGGCAGAGGAACGGGCCAAGAUCAUCCUUGCCAUCGAUCAAGAUCUGGAGGAGAAAACACGAGCCCUCAUGGCCCUGAAGAAGAGGACAAAAGACAAGCUUCUGCAGUUUCUCAGACUGCGGAAGUAUUCCAUCAAGGUGCACUGAGCCUCGCAGGAUGGAUAAGGAGCUUAUCCACCAAUGGACUUUUAAAGACAGACCCAGUGAGCCUGCCAGCCCCGCCAAGGCAGCGUCCUGCGCACCGGCUUGAGCGCCUCUUCCAUCAGGACCCUGAGGAUGGAAAGGGACGAGCACACCAACUGCAAAGACUUCAACUCGUUUCAGCCCUGAGCUGUCACACUGAGAGCAAAGUGCCUUCAGCAGGCAGUUGAGAACUCUCCCAGCGGACCUCGUAGACAAGGAUGGAAACACAGAACAGAACAUGGCAGACGGGGACUGAGUGCACCCAGGGUCACCGGCCAGCCCCUAAGACUGAACUCAAACCUAACUUGGUUUUAGUUGUUGUUGUUUGGUUUGUUAUUUUGUUUUUCUUUU